AUGAAUUUAUUAUAUUGUCCAGCCAAUUUGGUUGCAACACGUGAAAGUAUGGAAGAUGUGAAUGAAGACCCUUUAUUGCUGUCCGAUGACGAGAUAGUUGGGGAUAAUAUCAAUAGUAUGGACAGAGAACCGUUAGGAGAAGAUAAAGAAGUUGCUCUGGAGGUCGGUAUGAUUUUUGAUGGGGAAAAAGAGUUGUUUGAUUUCUAUAAAAGAUAUGCUUAUGUCAUCGGCUUUCCCGUGAGGAAAAGGAAUUCGAAAAAGGGUGAUGACGGAGUUGUUAGAUAUAUCACAUUCACAUGUAGCCGUGAAGAUAAUGUUGGGAAAUGGAAAAUUAACACCGUCCAUCUUGAGCAUAAUCAUAAAACAAGUCCUUCCAAGUCGAUGUUGUUUCGAUGUAAUAGAGAAUUGACUGCAAACGCGAAGAGAAAGCUUGAAUUGAAUGAUAUGGCAGGAAUUCCAUUGCCCAAAAGUUACAACUCUGCAAUUGUGGAAGCAGAUAACAGAUCUCGGCAAGUAUACAAAGAGUUUGGCGAUAUUGUUACCUUUAACACGACGUAUUUUACAAAUAAGUACGACAUGUCUUUCGCUCCUUUUGUCGGAGUUAAUCACCAUGGACAAUCAAUAUUGCUUGGUUGUGUUUUGUUGUCGAAUGAGGACACGGGUACGUUUGUGUGGCUAUUCAAGAAAUGGCUCGAGUAUAUGCAUGGCCAUCCUUCCCAUGGAAUAAUUACGGAUCAAGAUAAAGCCAUGCAAAAUGUGGUUGAGAUUAGUAUUGAUGAAUUCGAAGAAGGUUGGAGAAUGAUGGUUGAAAAGUUCGAAUUGCAUGACAAUGAUUGGUUGUCAGGCUUGUAUGAUAAUAAAAGACGUUGGGUACCGUGCUUUCUGAAGACAACAUUCUGGGCAGGGAUAUCUACAACACAACGAAGCGAGAGUAUGAAUGCAUUCUUUGAUGGAUAUGUACAUUCAAAAACCUCAUUGAAGCAGGUUGUGGAAUAA